UCGCAAAACUUUACCACUGGUUUUUUUUACCAGAUCGUAUAUGUAUACUUACGUAAGUACUUAUAUGCAGGGCAGUUUCCUCCAGGCAUCUGACUAUCUGACACAGUCUGUUAACACUGUUCCUAACCUAUGAACAAGCGUUUUGUAACAAUGAUGAGAAAUAUAAAAAUUGGGACACAUGACGGUGCCUUUCAUUGUGACGAAGUACUCGCUUAUUUUUUGUUAAAGUUAUUACCGCGAUACAAAGAUGCAGUUGUCGUGAGAACACGUGAUAAAAGUAUUUUGGAUACUUGUGAUAUAGUGAUCGAUGUGGGUGGAGAAUAUAAUCAUUCAAAGCAUCGUUACGAUCAUCAUAUGAGAGAUUUUAAGGAGUCAUUGAGUACGGUUAUUAAGAAACCAGGUUAUGACUCACAAAUAAAAUUGAGUUCCGCAGGUUUAAUUUUUUGUCAUUUUGGUCAUGAAAUUAUUAAGCAACUAAUUCCAGAAGCAAGCGACAGUGAUGUAGAAAACAUUUUUAAAAAGGUUUAUGACACAUUCAUUAAAGAAGUUGAUGGCAUAGAUAAUGGAGUUGCAAUGUAUGAAGGUGAACCUGUGUAUAGAAUUGUAACUGAUUUAUCUUCUCGUGUGCAAACACUGAAUCCUCCAUGGAAUAGUACAAAUAUUGAUAUUAAUGAACAAUUUUAUAAAGCAGUUGAAUUAACUGGCCAAGAAUUUAUGCAACAUAUAAAUUAUACAAAAAAUGUUUGGUUACAAGCUAGGUCUAUUGUGCAAGAGUCUAUUGAUAAACGCUUUGAGGUCGAUCCAAGCGGAGAAAUUAUAGAAUUAUCUCAAUAUGUACCAUGGUCUGAGCAUCUGUUUACAAUAGAAAAAGAAAUGAAUUUACAACCAUCGUUAAAAUAUAUUAUUUAUAAAGAUGAUAGUUAUCGAAUACGAUGCGUUCCCCAAGGAUGUGGCAGUUUCAUAUGCAGAAUAUUUCUUCCUGAACCUUGGGCAGGCCUGCGAAACGAGCAGCUCGAACGUAGCUCUGGAAUUGAAGGCGCUGAAUUCGUACAUUCGACGCGAUUUAUCGGUAGUCACAAUACCAGAGAAGGUGCGCUGAAGAUGGCACGCAAAGCUAUUGAAAUAGGAAAAACUCUAUAAUGUAAAAUUUAGUUUACCAAAGGGUAUAGCCGAAUAAGGGGGUUAAAUGUGCCCUUG